UCAGAUUUCAAUUUGAUAGUCAAAAUAUUUUUCUAUCAAGUUCCUUAAUCUAAGCACCAUAAAUUCACGAUAUUAUUUCUGUUUACAGUGGAACAAUUCACAAUAAAACCAACUGCAAUGCAACACGAAUAUAAAAGCACAGCAAAAUCCUUGGAGAGGUUGACUCAAAGUGAAACUGAAGAAGUCAAGGACAACCGCCCGCAACCCAACGAUUUCUGUAGCUUCUUGCCUUGGGCGUGCAACCAGUACCAACUGGAAAGUACGGUUGUCAUCACCAAGGUUAUUCAAAGUGAAUAUGUCAGCGUAGGACUUGCAGACAAAAGUAGGAAAACCCGCACGACCAGGCAGAACACAUCUCGUCGCACGCUCACAUCGUCUGAAGGAAAAGAAGAGAAAUCUCCCGACGACCUUCCCCAACUGAUGGGUAGUCAGAAAAUAAUCAAAAUAUUAGCAUACUGCGACUUGUUCGGUAACCUAGUCGAGUUAAAAUUCGAUAAGAACAAACAGCUUCCUUGCUUAAUAUUCAAAAUCAUGGCACUCAUCAUCAAAUACCAAACUUAUCUCACGAGGAUCACAAUAAACGGUGGCAUGGAUAUGCAAACGAUUUAUGAAAUGGACAAAUUUCUCUACUUCACUAACAUAACGGAGAUCUGUUUUGACAAUUCCUUUUUCCCAGAAGCAAAUUACGAUCUUCUAUUCGAGGGCAGAAAUAAAAUACGCUACAUAUCCCUCUCGAGAUGUAAGAUUGACGAUGCAGUUGUUGAAAAUAUCGCCAAAAAAUUGGCGUAUCCUCUACCAGCCUCUAAAUUUUUAACGGCUCUCAUCUUAUCAUCCAAUAGGAUUACUGAUAGAGGAGUAGUGCCAUUGGCUAAAGCUCUCAGAUCCAAUCGACAGUUAAGCUACAUAAGUUUAGCAGAUAACAGUCUGACUGAUGAUGGUGUGGGUCUCAUACUGGAUAGCCUAACAGAAUUCUUACUCACUGAAGAAGAAGUAAUUGAUGCAAGAAGUAGAUACAUGUAUUAUUUAAAAGAGAAGAAUGUCAUGGUAAAGAGUAUGAUAAAAGAAUUGAGAGCGGGCGAAUUUGAUAAGACGGUCGCAAAAAGGAAGGCGUCAAAGCCAGUUACAGCUAGUUCCAAGAAAAAGAAAUUAGAAAAGGAAAGUUCACUGAAAUCCUUGGGUGAUUCGAGGAGUAACCCUAACUUGGACUAUUUGUUUUAUGAUAAAGCUGUUAACAUAGUUGAAGAGAGACUAGGAGAAUUUAAUGAUCCGUUUAGUUCUUCUAAUACUUCAGUGAAAGAUGGAAUGAAGUACUGUUAUGGUAACAAUGCAGUGUGCUACUUGAAUUUAGCGUACAAUAGCAUAUCUUAUAUAUCCUUGAAGAAGUUAUCAAAUGUUCUAAUGUCUCAGAAGCUAUUUGACCGGAAGCCAAGAGGUCUGGUUAACAUUUGUGUUGAAGGGAACAACCUUCCUGUUUCUUGUAAGGAGCUGAGCCAAAUCGAAGAUCUUCUGAAAGCUGCGCUUAUGUCGAUUGACUAUAGAAUGUCAACGGUCAAAAGAAAACCAACUUCAAAAAAUACUCCGCGUUGAGUCGAUUUUUAUUGGUUGGUUUAGAUAAUGUGUUUUACAUUUAUACACCAUGAAACUUCUUUUCUAUUUAAUUAGAGAUUGUAUUACUUAGUUUUUAAUACUUGGUAGGUAGGUAUACAUAUAGUUUCUAGUUUAUACUUAGUUU